AUGUCAGCGGUGAAACCAUUGUGGUACAGAUGGGCACGUGUUUAUUUUGCAGGAGGAUGUUUGGUAGGUACAGGUGUGUUAUUCUGGUAUACCAUUCGACCAACAGAUGAACAAUUAAUAGCCAGGUUUUCGCCUGAAGUAAAGGCAGACUAUGAAAGAAAUAGAGAGUUACGACAACAAGAGCAAACAAGAUUGAUAGAGAUAGUAAAAGAAACCUCAUCUUCAAAUGAACCUAUUUGGAAAGCGGGUCCUAUAGGAUCUCCUUUUGAAAAGGAACAGCGGAAUUUGAAUAUGGAAUUAGUUGAUGCAGAGUUAUUCCACAAGACAAAGCACGAAGAGCAACAGAAACACGAAAUAGAUAGAGCAAACGAGGAGUCUAAGGAAGCAGAAAGGUUAAUACAACAAAACAAAAAACCAUGGUGGAAGUUUUUUUAA